UUCGAACUGAGACAAGUAAGCGGAGCUGUUUGAACAUCAGAAGUCGAAAGUUGGCCAGCGCAUGCCAACCGCAACGUUCUCGGGCUUUUGCAGGUUCUCGUGUUCCGAGCUCUUUCCGCCAUUUUAUCCUCGAGCGCCGGCUUUCGCGCCCAUCUCGUUUCUUCCCAUAAACCAUGGUUACACUCUUUGCUGUCUACACACGGGUGUCGUAUGGAGCUCAUUGCGACUAUUCAGCGGACGUUCCUCGCUCAUAACGCCGUGCAGCGGGCUAUAUAGUCUUCGUGCUGGUGACAAGGUCUCGAAGGAUACCCUCCACGCAUCCACGACCCCAAAGUUAUCAUGUCUAUCAAACGCGUCAUGACCGGUCUCGCCGUCGCUGGUGCAGCCCUCGCACAGUCCUCGUCGUCCUACACCGACCCGGAGAACGGGAUCACCUUCCAGGGCAUCACCGACCCGACGCACAACGUCACGUACGGCUUCGUCCUCCCCACGUCGCAGAACUCCACGGGCGAGUUCAUCGGCGAGGUCGUCGCGCCCAUCGCGGCGGGCUGUGUCGGCGUCGCGCUCGCGGGGCAGAUGGUCGGGGACCUCCUGCUCGUCGCGUGGCCGGACACGAGCGCGGGGAAGAUCGUCAGUACGACGCGGUAUGCGACUGGAUAUUCGUCUCCUGCCGUGUACGCCGGCCCAACUAUCACCGAUCUCAACUCGACGACGGUGAACGCGACGCACUGGAAGUGGGUGUACCGGUGUGAGAACUGCACCACGUGGAACGGCGGCUCGCUUAACACGAACGCGUCCUCCGCCGUCGCGUGGGCUUAUUCGUCCUCGGCCCCCGUAGACCCUACUAGCUCGAACACGACGUUCCAUGAACACGACGACUUCGGUUUCUUCGGUAUGGCAUGGAACAACGCGAGCAGCGCGAACUACAGCAGUUACGUCUAACGCAUAGAUAGAAUGGACAGCUGGGCUGCUUGAGG